AUGUCAGACUCUUAUUUCGGCUUCGAUACCACAAUGCCUCCUUUAAAUUCUGACCAGUUGACUGCUGGAACUGCGGAAAUAACCGAAGACGAGUUGUCUAAAAAUUUUGAAGCUUUUGCUCUCGAGUCUGGUCAGGAUUUCGGAGUCUAUGGUUACGAUCCUCUGGCGGAUCAAUUAGUUGAAACCGGCGAUGACUAUAACGAAGAAACUUUUGGAAAUGACAUUACUAAUAUAGGUGAUGAUUUCGAUUUUACUCAAAGUAAUGCUAAAAUAGCAGAUACAAUACAAAAAGAAGAGAAAAUUUAUGUUGAUCGAAGGGAAAAUGUACCAUCAGAUAAUAAUGAACUUAUACGACAAAGACCCCUAUUUUCGAAUUUAUGGGACGAUCAGGCUGGGAUAGCAGUGAAUGGCAAUGGUAGUUAUCCAAAUGACCCGACAACUUCACCUUUGAUGCCUGAGUCUCCAAUAAGUCCUUCUAUUUGGGGAUCAUACCAUCCGCCUUCCACUCGCAAAGGUUUGGCUUCCAACAACCGACAAGAAUUUAUCCAGUUCUCUGCCAUGAAUUUGACAAACCUACACCACCCAUCCUAUGAAAACCCGCCGAACUAUCCACCAUCUCAAAUAUCUCCACUACCACCUGGAUUUGGUCCACCUCCUGUUGCGCGCGUGCCUACCCUCGAAGAAAUAGAAAAACAAUUACAGAGACAAGCUGGCCAAUCAUCAACGAUAGAAAAUCAUCAAUUACAAAGACAAGCUGGUCCUCCACCACAAUCACAAUUACCACCGCCGAUGCAUAACUCUCCUUUACCAGAGAAGCGAAUGCUCAGUUUGGCAGAAGUGGAAGCUGCACUAUUAGGUAUGAAUAGCCGUCCUCCACCUUUGCCAAUAUAUGGUCAAACAGAAGGUGUGUAUCGUGAACAAGAGACCGCUUUCUUGGAACAAGAGGCUGCGAUACGUGAACAGGAGACUUUAUAUUAUGAGAGGGAAAGAAAACUUCGAGAAAAACAAAGAAAACUUACGGAUAUGGCCAAAUAUAAUGGUCUUAUGACACAAAAUGACAAAGAUUAUAUCAAUCGCAUCCAAAUAUCUCAACUUGUGACUGAUGAUCCAUAUUCAGAUGAUUUUUAUUAUCAAGUAUACACCGCUAUACGGAACCGUCAAACACAAUCCCAAAUGGGCCCAUUUUCUCCCAAUGCUAGCGGUGGUGGUGCGGGACAGGAAAGAAGACACCGAAAUAGAGGGUCAGAAAGUGGGAUGUUAAAAAUGCAACAGCAAGUUUUGAGAAUAGUAAAUGAUGCGAGAAGGAAACCAAAAUCCACUCAAUUGUCAUUGGAAGGAGCAUUAGGAAAGAUUGCGCUUAAUUCAGUUCGUAAUCCUAGACAAUUAUUACAAGUUUCGGCAAAACACACUGAUACUCUUCAAACUCAUGCAAGCCCAAGUGGAGGCACCCAUCACAAAGUCCCCUCAAUCACAUUGCAUGGUAUAGUAGAUCAUCGGAAAGUAUUGCGUUCUAUUGAAAAUAUUUAUUCGGCAGUCUUGGGACUAGAAGAAUUGAGACGCAAUCAGCAUCCGCAAUCGCGACAAUAUUCUGAUCAAGAAAGAGAGGAUAAAUGGUUGCAAGAAAAAUACACAGAAUUAGCUAGAAAAAUGUGGGAGGAAUUACAUGUAACAGAUCCGAUUGGCAUCAGUUUUCAACAUCCCUUCAUUAGCAUACUUUCUGUUUCAAAGGGUAAAAAGGUUAUUCCUCGGGUGCUGCGACAUUGCAACCAGGAUCAAAUCGGCGCAAUGAUUCGAAUUCUUGUAGCCAAUUUUGAAACAUUAGAUGUAUGCAAAGCUGCAAUUGGGGGAUCGAAUGGAAACAUCAAACAAUCAAUUUUGGACGAAGUUGAAUUAUUUAUGAACACUGUUGUUCCACCAUUGUUGCAAUUUGUAGCCGAAGCACCACUGAAAAUUGUUAUUGGGCUUUUGACAUUAUUUAUAGAGCGAAAUAAUAUUAUAUGGGUUGCUAAGAGUAAGGUUGGUCUUGCUUUCCUAACCAUGUUUUUGAGUCGAGCGGAAAUAUUAAAACAAGGGGGUGGUGCUAUGCAAGGAUUACCACCACCGGAAGAUCGAGAAAUAAUGCAAUGGCAAGAAUCCUACAAUCGAUUGUUUAGUCAACUUCAAAAUUAUUUCUUGUCGUCGUUCCCGCCUUUUACGUCAAACAUCGACGAUAUGUACGUGUGGCAAUUCUUGGCAGCUAUGGCAGUUGGAGCUUCAAUGGAACAACAACAUGUCUUAGUAACCGAAAUCAGAGAGCGGGUUCUGGAGACUGUAGUGCAAGCUUCACGAAUGCCACACGACAAAGCUGCACACAAAAUCACUAAUGUGAAUUUAUUCCUCCACGCAUUGGGACUUGACGCUUCCCAACUCAAAAUAUAA